CCCAUCUUUUAUUCAGACCAUGGCAGUAGGAAUUUUUGUUUGGUAAUUCUGUUCAGUCUUUUACAUCCAUGUAUUGUAUGUACAGAAACCUUUAUCACACUUGAGAAAUUAAGAUGCGCCAAGGAAUAGGAUGGAUUAACCCAGAAAUAUCAAAGAGGUCUGUGAGCAUUCUGGCUGGGGUUGUUGGAGGCACUGGAAUGCUGGCUAUCAUUCUACCUCACACUUUUUACCUUGACAAAUACAGGAAGAUUACCCAAGCUUACAAGCAUGGGAUACCAGUGAAACUAAAAAAUGAAGUGAGAGAACAAGCAAACAGUGUGCUUCAGCAAGUACCCAUCUUGAAGCGGGACAUCAUUCGCAUUGACUUCUUCUGUGGCUAUGGCUUUGAUCCAUUCUGUAUUGGUUCAGCCAAGCUCACCAAUGGGGCUUUCAUUGGUCUCCCAGUCAACUUUGCAUAUACCUCCACUGCAGAUGUAGACACUUUCAAUAUAAAGGUCCUGAACAAGACAGUUGCCUGGGAGACAGCAAGCGGAGCAGCAUUACGCAGUUCUCUCAUUCUUAGCACUGCUGCGCAACAUUAUGCAAUUGCAACACAGAUCUACCAUGCCACUACACAUCAUGUGUGGCAGAGGAUCAGCCUCACUACCACCAUUACACUACUAGCAUACACAGUCCUGUAUCGUUUGAACAAUCGCCUUGCUCUACAUGCCAGGAAGCGUUCUGUUCGUUUCACCUUCUAUUCCCUGGUGAUUGGAAUGGCAGCUCUCAUGUGGCUCUUUUUGAGUGAUGCCCUCCGUGUCCACCACGAGAGAGGAGCAGAUGAUUUUGCUUGCAGCAUGGGUGAAGACUACAUUCGAGGUGGAAUAGAGUACUAUGAAAAACUCUUGCAAAGAAAUUUGGCAUUGAGGGAAUUGAUGGGCAAAGAAGGAGAACACAAAUUCUCUGGCAAGGGGAAUCCUCGAGAACUGUUUCGUUUCAAGCAUGUUCCCCCCACUUCACGUUAUGAGUAUGUGCUUCACAGGCUCAAGGAGUUUCAUGCAAACCACCAAAAAAAUGAUUGA